UACAUAGGCUAUGGCUGUUUGAUCUGAAUGCUACGACCUAACAGUCGUCUUUCGAAAACCAUGGCUGUGUUUUCCCUUGCGUUAUUUUGUACAAUUGUAUGUGAGUUGUCCGCAGCCCCUGUUCAGAGAAUUACUACAGAUAAAAGGAAUGACUGGCCAAUUAUUGGUGUCUUGGCUCAAGAGGUGUACAAACCUCAGCCAAAGCAAAACUCUUACAUCGCCGCAUCUUAUGUGAAAUUUUUGGAGGCUGCAGGAGCCCGGGUGGUCCCUGUGAUGAUUAAUCAAACUGAAGAGGAAUACAUACAGCUGUUCAAGUCUAUCAAUGGCAUUCUUUUUCCCGGAGGUGGUGUAAAUCUGGUGUCAUCAGGCUAUGCUAAAGCAGCCAGCAUCUUCUACAAACUUGCUAUUGAGGCAGCUUCUCAGGGUGACUACUUCCCAGUGUGGGGUACAUGUCUGGGAUUCGAACAGCUGUUGCUCCUGACCUGUGGUGAAAAUCUUCUCUCUCAAACCAACACCACUGGAGUUUCUUUGCCACUUACAUUUACAAAGGAUGCAAUGGAAAGCAGACUGUUCAAAGAUUUCCCACCUGAUUUGAUGAAAGCUCUGGAAUCUGAAAACAUCACAGAGAAUUCCCAUACAUGGAGUAUCUCUGUGGAGACUUUCAUGAAGGAUGAAGCAUUGAACAAGUUCUACAAAAUCCUGAGCACGAAUACUGAUGGGAAUACUGAGUUUGUUUCAACCAUGGAGGCUUACAAUUACCCUGUGUAUGGAACCCAGUGGCACCCAGAGAAGAAUGCCUUUGAAUGGACCAGACCAUAUUACCCUCACACACCCUCCGCCAUAAAAAACAUCUUUUACAUGGCAAACUUCAUUGUCAAUGAAGCAAAGAAGAAUUCCCAUUCCUUUGCCAGCAAGGAAGAGGAGCAGAAACAUCUGAUCUACAACUAUAAUCCAGUGUUCACUGGAGCCACCUCUGCCUUCGAGCAGAUCUAUUUUUUUGAGUAGACAGCUGACUUCUCAUGUCUUCCAUUCUUCUGCAAUCAUGUUCUUGUGCUACUUACAGGCAGAUGGCUUCCCUGAGUUGGGUUCAGGAAGCUGAUUUCUUCCUGUUGAAAAAGGACUUCACUACUGUCACCUUUUGUGUUUUGCACUAUGAUGUUCAUGCCUUAAUAUGUGUGGGUUUUGGAUUACAGUAUUUCAAUGGAUCAAUUUAAUGGUGUGUGGAUCAGACAUGACCAUUUUUAAAUAAUUUUAAGUCAUAAUUAUUUGUGGUGAUGCUAGAAUAAAACAUUAAUAGAAUUCUUAAUUAAAUAAAAGUAAAAGAGGUAGAAUUUUA